GCACUCACCUGCCGUGUAGAUUGAUUGAAUUGAAUUAAAUCCAUUCGAAUUGAUACCCAUCUACUUGAACAACUUUUACGACAACCACGAAGGAUUCACAUUCAUUUGCCGCAAAUUUCUUUCCUAACCCUCUCAUCAUCGGAGCGCAUCGAAUUGCAUUGAUUUGCCAAAUAACUCGGGUUAUCAUAGGAUACUUUGGUGCAUGGCGCGCUGACUCUUUGCGGAAUCCUCCUUUCGACUUCCCAUAGGAUAUCAAUAAUUAGAUCGGUCGCAGAAAUGCAAGCACCUCAACGACCCGUUCAAAGACGAUCUCCAGCAUCGGAUUCCCCUGGUCCCCCUCCGACCAUAUCCGCCAGGGCUAUAUCUCCAAGUUUGGGUCCCCAGCCAAGGAAUUCAACGGCUUCGACCAAGUCUGUUCAAAGCAAUCACUCCGGAAGAAGACAAAAUGGUGGUCAACCUCCGACAAGCAGCAGUAGUCAAAGUGGUCAAAACCCCCCACCAUUAUCUCAGAUCGAAAAGAGCGUAACACAUCUUCUGGUCGCCACGAAACAACUUCUCGAAACCCUCACACAAUGGUCUCGACAUCAAGCGACAGACGCACAAGUUUCGGAUGUUUAUGUGCGCUUGGGAUAUGAGUUCAAUAUUGCGUGUAGGGCAUUUACAGCAAUAAAUGUUGAUACUUCGGAUUUGGGGAAUGUACCAGAGUUGCUCCGACAUAUACUCGAAUCAACGCUCAGUCAAGAAGCAAGUGUCGAGAGCUUGGAGAAAUACCUGCCUCGAAUUAGAGAUAUAAUCAUUACUCUCCUGCAUGGUUUAAAGCGGAAGCAACAAAAACUGCGGCAAAAACAAGGGCGAGAUAGCGCAUCACAAAAUGGAGAAACCAUACCGAGAAAUGGGAGCCUCAGUAGCAUUGCGAGUAAUAGUACUGGGUUGACUACAUUGCUGAAUCAAGGGCUGGAAAAUAAUUUUCAAGGGGAGUCGGGUGUGGCAAAUGAUAGGGGAAGCAAAGGACAAUCUACCACCGACUCUAACAUACCUCCGAGGACUUCUUCGGCUACAGGAUCAUCAAGCAGAAGAGCGGCUGGACCACCCAGAGACUCAUCUCGAGGUUCAGUAUCUUCAGAUCAAUCUACACUGUCAAGCCAAACAAUGCAGAGCAUUCCUGUUGUUCCACCUUAUCCGGGAGAUGAAGUCUCUAUACCAAUGCCACGUCCAAAUGAUCCUGGUUUUUUGAAUGUGGAUAAUUUUCCACCACCUCCGCCGCCACCAAAGACAAAUGCUGCAUUGGUAGCUUUACAAAAAGGGGGGGAUUUGGAAAGAAGAGCUUCCAGACGUUAUUCUGCUUAUCAAAUCUCAAAACUUGUUGGUGCAUCUCCCAAUGGAGUUCCAAUGAUGCCUGUUCCACAAAACUCGCCAAUACCAAACAGAGGACGCAAUGAUGCCAGGGAGUCGCUGAGAGCUGUUCAAAAUCGUGACCAACGUCUCGGUCGAACAAAUUCUCGUCUGAUUCAGAAUGAGACAUCCCCAGUUCGAAAGCCAAGUGUGAUUGCCGAAGAUAGUCAAGAGUCAUUAAUUCAGCAGCCAGAAGAACCACCCUCGAAUGACAGUCCUAUAGUCAAGACCCCAGAAGACAAGUUCAGACAGUCUAUUAAUGAUUAUGAUGGACCGAGUGCAACUCUCAAUGGACCACCCCCUGAUGUUCUUCCAAACUUUGAUAAUCAAGAUCAAGAUGAAGAAAAGGCUACUUCUGAACCUCCUCAAGCCCCCCAACACAAGCGAUCCCCUUCGAAAAGAGAAAGUCCUUCUUAUGGUAGCCAAGCUAGACAAUUUACACCCGAAGAAUCUCCACCUCCACCUGAUAAAGAGAUCACAAUUUUCUUACAAUAUAAGACCAAGGUUAAGAAGUUUGUCCUUGCUGAUGGAUACAAGGACUUAUCUAUGGCAAGACUACAGUUGGCGUUCAUCGAAAAGUUUGCCUGGAAUACCCACAACAAUGGUGUUGAUCUACCCGAGAUUUAUAUCCAAGAUCCAGUAUCUGGAGUUCGUCACGAAUUGGAAGAUCUUCAAGAUAUCAAAGAUCGUUCUGUACUUGUACUAAAUGUUGAAGUUCUAGAUGAAGUGAAGCGACAUAUUGAUGAUAGUCUAGGAGGAUUGAAGAAAAUGGUCGAGAGUGUCAAAACAGCAGUGGAUGAUCAACAAGUUACAAUUCAAAGAGUCUCGGAUCGCCAACAGGAUGCUGCAAAGGAGAUGGCUCGAAUCGCAUCUGCGCCACCUAGUUCUGCAAGACUUUCAAUGAUCGACACUGGACGUAUCACCAAUGGCAUUAAUUCCAGCCCAUCGAAAGCCAAUGGUCAAGCUCAACUUACUGAAAUCCAAAGCCUUCGUCGCGAUCUUGCAGUACUCAGGCAAACUUACUCUAGCUUCCAAUCUGACAUUCAAAGUUCCAUGGCUUUGAUUCGCACAAAGGCUAGCUCCGUCAAAAGUGUUGCCGUUAAAGCUGUUAUUCCAGAUAUCAAUGGUGAUUCUGGACGUUCUUAUGUCAAUGGUGGAAAGAAGAACCUCAGCGAAGAUUCCGAUAAAUUGGUUGCACAAGUGGAUGAUCUUCAAGAUAUUGUUGAAGAUCUACGAAAGGAUGUUGUACAACGUGGUGUACGACCUCUUCCCAAGCAAUUGGAGACUGUUGCCAAGGAUAUUUCUCAAGCGACAAUGGAGUUGAAGAGGAUGCAAGACUUCUUGAAACGUGAGAGACCAAUCUGGACAAAGAUCUGGGAGAAGGAAUUGGAGACAGUUUGCAAUGAUCGUGAAGAGAUUACAAUGCAAGAAGACCUUGCAGCAGAUCUUCAAGAUGAUUUGGAGAAGGCCGCACAAACCUUUGCACUCGUUGAACAAGCUACUAAAGAACAAUUGAAGGAUGGAUCCCCAAGUCAUAUCGGUACCGGUCGAAGUCUUUCCAAACUCAACCGUAUUGAUCCAAUUGAUCCUGCCGCGGCAAAAGAAGGUGUUCUUGAUGAAGUUCGUGCCUUGCAACCAAAUCACGAGAAUCGUCUUGAAGCCAUUGAGCGUGCCGAAAAACUUCGACAAAAGGAACUUGAGGGUCGCCGAGGCAAUGUUCUGCAGAAAGAAUUGACCUCUUUUGUUGAAUCAGGAAAAUUGAAGAAGUCUGGAGGCUUCGAGGAGGUCGAAAGGCAAAGAGUUGCAAAAGAUGAACGAAUCAGAAGAGAAGUUUGGGAACGUCAAAAUGGAAUGACGCAAGCAGAUGCAGAUUUUGAGGAAGUUAAUGAUCCUGCUGUGGAAGAGGUAGCAGAGGCAGAUGAAAUGGUCGAGGAGAAUGUAGACGAACAUUCUGAUUUGGAGACAUGAAAAGAUAUGAUAUCACGAUGGGGAAUGCGAGUUGCAUUUCCGAAGCAUGAUGACAAUUUUUGAAAAUUUUCACUAUCAUGUCUUGAAGGAGCGAUACAGGAAAUGUAAUGUCGAACUUUGAUUUCAACCUUUACACGAUUAUACCAUGUUAAUUUGACAUGGAAGGCGCAUCUGGUGUUUGUUAUUAUAUUCAAGCAAGGAGUUGUUAGGAAUUGGGCAUGUUUGUUUCAUUGAUGUGGUUGCAUGGUUAUUGACAUGAGCGUUUCUUGUGAUUUUCGCGUGGCGAUGAAAGCGUGCCAUGUCGAUAUAUGGAAGAUUCCAUGGCAUGUUGUUAUAGGGGCGUUGUUUAAACUUGGCAUUUGAUUUGAGGCCUGGGAGGGUAGUUGAUGGAUUGACAUUACAUGAUUGUGGAUGAAGUGUGAAUGAAGGUGUAUGAAGGGAGAGGAGGGAAGUAGAAAGACAUUGGAAAGGAAAUGAUGGGAAAUACAGUGGCAUGAUAUGAUACCAAUGCAAUACAAGGAAUGGUAGAUAGUAUGUGUAUUUUAGUGGAGCGGAGUGUAGUGGAGCCCAAUACUAGGUAUGAAGUACCAAGUUAUCAUUGUAGAUGAGAGAAAUUUUAAAAUAUACCUUGGUGUUAAA